AUGCUCGGAGGGUGCGUGUUGAAGAACGCAUUUAUCAAGAAUGAAGGUCCUAGCAUGGGAGCCUGGCAGAUGUUGCCCGGUCAGAAUGUUUCGAGAAUAUUGGCACGUGCCGGUUUCACCUGGGUGAUGGUAGACUGUGAACAUGGAAACAUGGAUGACGCCGCAAUGCACGAGGCGGUUCCAGCUAUCGCUAGCUGCGGAGUUAGUCCUAUCGUGAGGAUCCCUGAUAUGCAAGGCUGGAUGAUCAAACGUGCGUUAGAUGCAGGGGCGCACGGGAUUUUGGUCCCUCUUCUCCGUUCCGCUGAGGAGGCCAGAAGGAUCGUCAGCGCAGCGAAAUUUCCACCCCAAGGUCAGCGUGGGCUGGGAUCGCCAUUCUCAAUGGAACGUUUCAGUCCGAUCCCAACUAUGACGGAGUAUCUACAACAAGCCAACGAGUCUCUGCUCACGAUGGUACAGAUAGAGACUCAAGAAGCGCUUGAUGCCGUUGAGGAGAUAGCGGCCGUCCCGGGGAUUGACGUCCUAUUCAUUGGCCCAUUUGACUUGGGGAAUAACAUUGGCUAUCCCAUACUGGGCGGUAUCAUCCAGCCUGAGCUAGAACAAGCAAUCGACAAAACCCUGGAGGCGACUAAUAGGGCAGGAAAGAAGUGCGGUAUCCUUGCCACGAGCGGGGAGCAGGCUAAGCAGUAUGCCGAUAGGGGAUUUCAUAUGAUAAGUGUCGCAGUUGACGCGACGUUGUUACAAGCCUCGCUAGACGUGUCGUUAAGUGCUGCUCGAGGGCAGCCGGCACCAAAGGCUGGUGGGAGGUACUAG